UAUGUAAUUAUUUAUUUGCAAAAUGGCUUUUAUAGAGCGUGUUGUGGUGUGGAGAAAUUGUGCCUCCUAGUAAAUAAACAUGUUAUUCAACAAGGCGUGAAUAAAAGAUUAAAAUUGUUACAAAUAUUACAAACUAAACAAGAAUUGGGUAGCAUAGUGUACUUGCAAUAUCACACAACAAAUCAUCUUUAUAAAAGAAGGAGAACAGCUGAAGAGAGAAAAUCAUCAAGAAUUAUCGAAUAUUCGCCCAAAGCAAAGUCAGAAGUUGUUGAAGUAUGGAGAGACAUAACGAUCCGAGAAUUAUCCACGAUUUUAAAAGGAGAUACCCAAUAUAUAUCCGAUUUAUUCCUUAACGAAUUUCGAGGUGCUAAUACGGUAAUCAGUGAUUUGGGGAAACUGCAAGAUGCUAUUAGACGGAGUGGCCGUCGAAUGCGCGUUAUUGGCAAACCUAGUGCUCAAACAAUCACUGAAGAUCAAGAUGUUUAUCCACAACCAAUGCCAGCUAAAGAAUUCUUAGUGCCAAGACCACCAGUGGUCACUGUGAUGGGUCAUGUGGAUCAUGGCAAAACUACUUUACUGGAUGCUUUGCGGCAGACUAGUGUGGUCGAUCAAGAAUUUGGUGGAAUCACGCAACAUAUUGGUGCUUUUUCAGUUCUUUUAAAAAAUGGCGCAAAGAUUACUUUCUUGGACACGCCAGGUCAUGCAGCUUUUACAGCCAUGAGAGAACGCGGUGCAAAUAUUACGGAUAUUGUUGUGCUGGUCGUCGCAGCAGAUGAUGGUGUCAUGGAACAGACUAUAGAGUCUGUUAGAAUGGCUCGGCAAGCAAAUGUGCCUAUCUUGGUCGCCAUUAAUAAAAUAGACGCUCCGAAUGCAGACAUAGACCGCACAGAACAGAUGCUGAUGCAAAUUGGCAUUCAAGUCGAAAAACAUGGGGGCGACGUGCAGGCUAUUCCAAUUUCCGCCAAAAAGAAACAGAAUCUUGAGGCGCUCACCGAAGCUUUAGUUCUACAAGCAGAAUUAUUAGAGCUGGGUAGCGAUCCGAAAGGUACAGUAGAAGCAGUGGUUGUUGAAAGUAAGCUACAUCCUCACCGGGGUAAGCUAUCAACUGUCGUUGUUCAACAAGGUACUCUCAAACGCGGAAACAUUUUGGUUGCCGAUACAUGUUUGUGUAAAGUCCGACUACUCCGAGCAGCGGAUGGUACUAUUUUAGAUAAAGUAGAACCAGGUUAUCCGGCCGAAAUCGAAGGUUGGCGAGAUCUGCCAGCGGCUGGAGACGUGGUUUUGCAAGUUCCAAGUGAACAGAAGGGCAGGGACGUUAUAAAAACCCGCGAACAUAAAAAAUUCCAAGAGAAAAGCAAAGAUAUCGCAAGCGCCAUUGCGGAAAAGACGGAAGCGCAUCAAAGAGAAUACCAAGAACGACUAGCAAUGAAACGUCGCAUGGGUAGAUAUAAGUUAAGAGCUACAGGACCACGGCAGAAAGAGUUACAACCUGAUGAUGGUCAUCCAGCACUCAAUCUAGUAAUAAAAGCCGAUGUCAACGGAACAUUGGAGGCCAUCUUAAAUACUUUAGACACCUACGAUUUACAGGAUUGUGAAAUGGAUUUAGUACACUACGGCGUUGGUCCGGUUAGUGAAUCAGACGUAGAGUUAGCAAAGAGUUUCAACGGGAUCAUCUACGCUUUCAACGUUGAUUGCCCCCAAAAAAUUGCUGAUAUUGCAUCGAACGAAGCAGUAAUUGUGAAAUCACUUAAUGUUAUUUACAAAUUAGUAGACGACGUGAAACAAGAAAUUAACAACCGUCUGCCCUUAAAAGAAGUGGAAGAAAUUAUUGGGGAAGCUACAGUCUUGCAACAGUUUGAUAUUAAUGAGGGCAAAAAGAAGAUUCCGGUCGCUGGUUCCAGAUGUGUCAAGGGACAACUUAAACGUAACGCAUUAUAUAGAUUAAUGCGCAAUGAUGAAGUGCUUUACGAUGGCACAUUGAGUUCCAUGCGCCAUCUCAAGAGCGAAGUUGAUUCAAUCAAAACAGAUCUCGAGUGUGGUUUGCAACUAUCAGACAAAAAUAUAGAUUUUCAGCAAGGUGAUAAGUUAGUCUGCUAUGAAAAACGCAAGGUACCACAGCAAACAACAUGGGAUCCUGGUUUCUAAGCUUGCAUACGCGGCGCUGAAAGUUUCACUUUGCCGGGGAUGUUCCGAGCGAGUGUUUCGUCUUUUACUGCUUUGAGCAGGUCCUUCUCGCGUUGCGAUGUUGUUUUAUCGUGUAGGAACAUGUUCACUGCAGUUUUUGCAGCUUUACCGCGUUUUGAUGUGCCUGGUAUCAAUUUUACUUUGAACCUGUAAGGUAUAAGUUUAAGGUGGAAUUGUUAAAACUUUGUGGAAAUAUAAAAUAAUAUUUACUUGUA